ACCACCAGCACCUCAUCUCCUCGCACCUUACAGCAGCCACAGUCAUGGCCGUGCCUUGGAUCCCGCUCGAGUCCAACCCGGAGCUCUUCACCUCGUGGAGCUCCAAGCUCGGCCUUGACGCCGAGCGCUUCGCCUUCCACGACGUGUACGGCCUCGACGCCGAGCUGCUGGCCAUGGUGCCGCAGCCGUGCAGCGCCGUGCUGCUCCUCUUUCCCAUCUCGGCCGGCUACGAGCAGCGGCGCCGUGCCGCCGACGAGGAGUGGGCCGCGCGUGGCGACGACGAAGGCCUGCUCUGGUUCAAGCAGAACAUCGGCAACGCCUGCGGCACCAUUGCGCUGCUCCACGCGCUGGCCAACAGUCCGGCUCGCAGCGCCAUUGCCGCCAACUCGCCGCUUGCACAGCUCUUCGCCUCAGCCUCAGCGCUCUCCGACCCGGCGGAGCGCGCGGCGCUGCUGCAGAGCUCCGGCGCACUGGCCUCGGCGCACGCAGACGUCGCCGUGCAGGGCCAGACGGCGGCGCCGCAGGCGACCGACGACGUCGACACGCACUUUGUCGCCUUUGUGCGCGCCCCUAAUGGCGAGCUCGUCGAGCUCGACGGCCGGAGACGCGGGCCCAUGUACCGCGGCAAGCGCGUCGAGCGCCAGGAGGACCUGCUGAGCGUCGUGGGCCAGUGGAUCCAGGAGCACUUCAUCGACCAGGACAAGGACUCGCUGAACUUCAGCAUCAUCGCGCUGGCCAAGGCAGACGGCAGUGAAUGAGACAGCUUCAGACGCGCGCAACAGUAGCAGCAGUCCCAUUACGUCGUCGAUACAGUGACCUCCAGCUCAGCAACCAGGCCCGGGUCGAUGUUGUCCGUGGCAAAGAUGUCGAGCACGCCCAUGAGCUCGUCGACGAGAAUGCCGGGCGCCGUGGCGGUGUGGCGGCCGUUGAGCGUGGCAAACGUGUCGUUGCCGUCGGAGAGCAGGCGCAGCGUCUCGGCCAGGCGCGUCACGAGGCAGCUGAACGGGUUCGCCUCGAAGUUGGCGUGCACCUUGAGCAGCUUGCGCACACAGCGGUACAGCACGCCCGGCACGCCCGGCGCAUCGCGCAGUGCCGCCUUGAUGCGCGGCGGCGCGAGGAAGGCAAUGUUGUACAGCGACAUCGCCGCGCGCUCGUGGUACGCUAGCCGGCCCUCCGUCUUGAUGAUGUAGAAGUCAAGCUCGCU